UUUGCGACACUUGCGGUAAAGGCGUCGCGACAGCUGGAGGAUCAGCUGAUGCUCUCCAGUCCGGCAGAGCCGCCUUGAGGAGGCGAAGGAGGGCGGCCAGGCUGCUGCUUCUUCUGCUGGGGAGCCUGCCUUCCUUCCUUCUCACCUUCCCAGCAGAGAGGAGCCUUCCAGGGCCAGGUGUGAAACCAUAAUGGCAGGCAACAGUCUGGUCCUACCGAUAGUGCUAUGGGGACGCAAAGCACCUACACACUGUGUGUCAGCCAUACUAUUAAUGGAUGAUGUAUCAAUGAUUGUAACGGGAUGCCAUGAUGGACAAAUAUGUCUCUGGGAUGUCUCUUCAGAUUUAGAAAUAAAUCCUCGAGCUUUGUUGUUUGGUCAUACAGCUUCAGUUACUUGCUUGUCAAAAGCCAGUUCUUCAAGUGAGAAGCAGUAUAUUGUGAGUGCAUCUGAAAGUGGGGAGAUGUGCCUCUGGGAUGUGAAUGAUGGACGAUGCAUUGAAUUUACCAAAUUAGCUUGCACACAUACUGGCAUACAGUUCUAUCAGUUCACCAUUGGGACUCAGCGAGAAGGGAGACUGUUAUGUCAUGGUCAUUAUCCAGAAAUUCUUGUUGUCGAUGCUACCAGCCUUGAAGUUCUUUAUUCUUUAGUGUCAAAGAUUUCCCCAGACUGGAUCAGUUCCAUGAGCAUUAUUCGAUCUCACCGAACCCAAGAGGAUACUGUUGUAGCUGUGUCUGUGACAGGAAUUCUGAAAGUGUGGAUAGUGACCUCUGAAAUGAGUCAUAUGCAGGAUACAGAACCAAUCUUCGAGGAAGAGUCUAAACCAAUUUACUGCCAAAACUGCCAAAGCAUUUCUUUCUGCGCAUUUACUCAAAGGUCACUUUUGGUAGUUUGCUCUAAAUACUGGCGGGUAUUUGAUGCUGGAGAUUAUUCCCUGUUGUGUUCAGUUCCCAGUGAGAAUGGGCAGACUUGGACCGGAGGUGAUUUUGUGUCAGCGGACAAAGUGAUCAUAUGGACAGAAGACGGUCAAAGUCUUAUCUAUAAAUUACCAGCCAGGUAUAUGGAGUUACUUGUAACAGAGAAAAGUUGUUUGCCAGCUAGCGAUUCAUUCCGCAGUGAUGUUGGAAAAGUUGUUGAAAAUCUAAAUCCUCCCCAGCUCCACUGUGUUGUAGACAGAGCCGUGGAAAAAGAAGAUAAACUGCUGUUAAUCUGUCCUCCCGUUACUCGAUUCUUCUAUGGCCGCAGGGAAUGUUUCCAUAAAUUGCUAAUCCAAGGAGACUCCUCAGGAAGGCUCAGUGUUUGGAGUAUACCAGAUACGCUUGAUCAGCAAAAUGUAACAGAAGGAUUAAAAAUAACAACAUCUACUUCUCUACAAGAAGCAUUCAGCAAGCUUGUUCCUCGUCCUGCUGGGAUUAUAGAUCAGCUGAGUUUUUUGCCAACUAGUGAUGAGCCGCUUAAAGUGACAGCAAGUGUAUAUAUUCCAGCACAUGGGCGACUAGUGUGUGGCCGUGAAGAUGGAAGUAUUGUCAUUGUACCAGCAACUCAAACUGCGAUAGUUCAGCUCUUGCAGGAUGAGCACAUGCGCAGAAGAGGUUGGCCACCUCAUAGAACUUUGCGGGGCCAUCGGAACAAAGUCACCUGUUUGCUGUAUCCUCACCAGGUUUCUUCUCGUUAUGAUCAAAGAUACUUGGUCUCCGGUGGUGUAGAUUUUUCAGUCAUCAUCUGGGAUAUCUUUUCUGGGGAGAUGAAGCACAUUUUCUGUGUGCAUGGUGGAGAAAUUACACAACUUUUGGUUCCUCCAGAAAACUGUAGUGCAAGAGUUCAGCACUGUGUUUGCUCUGUCGCCAGUGAUCACUCCGUAGGACUUUUGAGUUUGCGAGAGAAGAAGUGCAUAAUGUUAGCUUCCCGCCACCUAUUUCCUAUUCAGGUCAUAAAGUGGAGGCCAUCAGAUGACUAUCUAGUUGUUGGCUGUUCAGAUGGUUCUGUAUACGUUUGGCAAAUGGAUACUGGUGCACUUGAUCGCUGUGUAAUGGGAAUAACAGCUGUUGAGAUCCUGAAUGCUUGUGAUGAGGCUGUGCCUGCUGCCGUUGACUCUUUGAGUCAUCCUGCUGUCAACUUAAAACAGGCCAUGACCCGCCGUAGCCUCGCUGCACUAAAAAAUGUGGCCCACCAAAAACUUCAGACUCUUGCCACAAACCUCCUCGCUUCAGAUUCAUCUGACAAAGGAAACUUGCCUAAAUAUUCUCACAACUCUCUGAUGGUCCAGGCUCUGAAGACUAAUGUAACAGACCCAGAUGUCCAUGUACUUUUCUUUGAUGUGGAAGCUCUGAUUAUUCAACUACUAACUGAAGAAGCCUCCAGGCCUAAUACAGCCCUUAUUUCCCCAGAGAAUUUGCAGAAAGCAUCUGGCAGCUCUGACAAAGGAAGUUCCUUUUUGGCUGGCAAACGAGCAGCAGUCUUGUUCCAGCAGGUCAAAGAAACAAUCAAGGAAAACAUAAAAGAACAUCUUCUGGAUGAGGAUGAUGAUGAUGAGGAAUCAAAGAGAAGAGAAGAUAGCGAUCCAGAGUAUCGGUCAAGCAAAUCUAAACCACUAACUCUCUUAGAAUAUAACCUAACCAUGGACACAGCCAAGUUAUUUAUGUCAUGUCUCCAUGCUUGGGGCUUGAACAGUGUUCUAGAUGAGCUUUGCAGUGAUCGCCUGGGAAUGUUGAGACCCCAUUGUUGUGUCUCCUUUGGCUUACUUUCAAGAGGAGGUCACAUGUCUUUGCUGCUUCCCGGAUAUAAUCAGUUUGCAGGCAAAAUGCCCUCUAGUGAUGUGGACACAGGGAAGUCUGUUGCUCUCACAGAGGGACAUAUCAGGGGUACAUAUGGCAUAUCACGUGCAGUAACUACUCAGCACCUCCUCUCCAUUAUCUCCCUGGCAAACACGUUGAUGAGUAUGACAAAUGCAACAUUUAUUGGUGAUCAUAUGAAGAAAGGACCAGUCAGACCACCUAGACCAGGGACUCCUGAACUUGCUAAAGUGAAGACUCCUGCUCCAGUUGCUAGUCCAGCAGCUCAAGGGCUGAUUAAACAAGUUGCUCCUGCUGUUUCUGCUAGCAAUGAAGCUGAUCACUCUGGCUCUGACCCUGCUCCUCCUUUACAUACCUGUUUCUUAGUAAAUGAAGGAUGGAGCCAGCUUGCUGCUAUGCAUUGUGUUAUGCUCCCUGACCUGUUGGGUCUGGAUAAAUUUAGACCACCUCUCCUUGAAAUGUUGGCUCGUAGAUGGCAAGAUCGAUGCUUGGAGGUGAGAGAAGCCGCCCAGGCCUUGCUGUUAGCAGAACUGAGAAGAAUUGAACAAGUAGGGAGGAAGGAAACAAUUGACAUGUGGGCUCCUUAUUUGCCACAAUACAUGGACAGUGUUAUAUCACCGGGAGUGACCCAAGAAACCAUACAGACUACGACUGCUCCUCCUGAACAAUUGGGAGUCGAAACCAAAGUUCAAGAAGAAGAACAUGAUUUGCCUGAUGAUGAUGUCUCUGCAGGUUCUUUAUCUGGACUUCCACAGAUGAAAAAGAUAUCUAUGUCAUAUGAAGAGAGGCGAAAACAAGCUACUGCCAUUGUUCUCCUCGGAGUAAUUGGAGCAGAGUUUGGAGCUGAAAUCGAACCUCCCAAAUUACUGACCAGACCACGCAGUUCUAGCCAAAUUCCUGAAGGGUUUGGUUCAACAAGUGGUGGAUCCAACUAUUCACUGGCCAGACACACUUGCAAGGCCUUGACAUAUCUUUUGCUGCAGCCACCCAGCCCCAAACUUCCUCCUCACAGCACCAUCAGAAGAACUGCCAUUGAUCUGAUUGGACGAGGGUUUACUGUAUGGGAGCCUUAUAUGGACGUGUCGGCUGUGUUGAUGGGCCUCUUGGAGCUCUGCGCUGAUGCUGAGAAACAACUGGCAAACAUCACAAUGGGGCUGCCUCUGAGUCCAGCAGCUGACUCCGCCCGCUCCGCACGACACGCUCUCUCGCUCAUUGCCACGGCCAGACCACCCGCCUUCAUCACAACCAUUGCCAAGGAGGUGCAUAGACAUACUGCUCUCCAGGCAAAUACUCAGUCUCAACAGAAUAUUCAUACAUCUACCCUGGCUCGAGCAAAAGGAGAAAUCCUGAGAGUUAUUGAAAUACUUGUUGAAAAAAUGCCCUCAGAUGUUGUGGAUCUCCUUGUAGAGGUUAUGGAUAUCAUCAUGUACUGUCUUGAAGGUUCAUUAGUCAAGAAAAAGGGACUUCAGGAGUGUUUUCCAGCCAUCUGCAGGUUCUACAUGGUCAGCUAUUAUGAGCGGAGUCACAGAAUAGCGGUUGGAUCUCGCCAUGGUUCAGUGGCCCUCUACGACAUCCGGACUGGAAAAUGUCAGACAAUCCAUGGCCAUAAAGGGGCCAUAACUGCAGUGGCUUUUGCUCCUGAUGGACGUUAUCUAGCUACUUAUUCCAACACUGAUAGUCACAUUUCCUUUUGGCAGAUGAACACUUCUCUCCUGGGGAGUAUUGGGAUGCUGAAUUCUGCACCCCAGCUCCGAUGCAUCAAAACUUACCAGGUUCCCCCUGUCCAACCUGCAUCGCCAGGCUCUCACAACGCCCUCCGACUGGCAAGGCUCAUCUGGACUUCCAAUCGCAAUGUUAUUCUUAUGGCACAUGAUGGCAAAGAACAUCGGUUUGUGGUGUAGAGCCAAGGUGUGCAGUGUCCCCACUCCCUUCUUACAAAUACAAUUUUGUUUAAAUACCCCCUGUAUCGCUUUUCUCCCUCUUUGUGAUCAUAACACUGGAGGGUCAGUACCAGUUCCCACAAACAUUACCAAGCAGCAUUGGCCAGGUGGCAUUUACUCUGCUUGCUUCUCUACAGAAGAGCCCUGCUUAAGGCAACUAUUGACCUACAGGGAUAUAUUUAAUCUCAGCAGUUAUGUCAGUGUGUAGGAUCAUUCCCUUAUCAAUGGCAUGGUGAGAACCUUGAGAACACAACUGCCUUGUUAGGUGUCUGGAAUAUCUUGAUUUUACAAGGGUUGGUUGGUUUUUAAAAAAAAAUUAAUCAAGUUACAAUAUUUAAGCUGGGCUGAUUCUGAUCACUUUGAGAAUGACUAAAAACAUCCACAGGGUUUAAUUUUGUUUUUUUAAGAAAACCUAGAAAGUAUUUCACACCCCGAUGUUUACGAAAAGCUACAAUGAGAUGUUUACAUGAAUCUUCUUCCAGCAACUGUAGGAGGAUCACUGAGUUAGGAUUUAUUUUAGGCCAUGCUUCAUGCUUUCAAGGGAGUGGGAUGAAGUGGGUUAUCACAUGCCCCUACAGCUCUCCACGUGUGUUCUUUUGGCAUUUCUUGAUUUACAGGAAAGAAUUGGAUGAUCCCUUUGUGUAUAGGGGCUCCCAGGUGCCCACUCGAGCUGCUGGUUCACAGCAUCAAAGGUUUAUUGUAUCUGUCAGGCUUGAGAUUUCAUGAGAAAAUAUAUGGGAAAGAGGAUUUUCCAUUUCAGCUUGCUUCCUCAUGUACAUUCCUGAUUGAUUUGGAAAUGAUGACGUAGUUUAAUAAGUGAAGAGACAAUUUUAUGUUUCUUAUGUCAGGGAAAAGAGAGUAAGAUCAGCUGCAUUAUUAUUAUUAUUUUUAAUGAAAAUUGCAAGGUUACAAAAAGAGGAUGGGGAUGAAUAUCAAUGUUUGGCUUUGCUGCUACUCUAGAUAUUAAUGUCUGCAAGUAGAUUUUCUUGCACAGAUUGUGCUUGCACUAGGCCUGUGGAUAAUAUAAAGAUUCCUCACAACUAGACCACUGAAUGUUAUUGCAGUACAAACUAAUUAUGAUGCAGAGUAGUUUCAACAUUGUGAUUUCACUGGAAAACAAACAUUUGAAGCACUGGAAGCAUUUGGUGAAGCACAUCACUGCUUGUUAAUGCAGAAAGCAUAACUAUAUGUUAACUUACGGUUCCAUUUUAAUACAUUGCUACCUUUGUCUUAACAGGAAGGUCAUCUGUAAUGAUGUUCACAUAUCUGAUACGUUUUGUGCAUUUAAUUUGAUCAUAGGUUUUGAUCAUAGGACAGCAGAGAAAACAGAAUAGGAGACAUUUUAUUUCAAUGCAAACACAGGUGAUGUUUGUCGUGUAUCCUAUUUGCUGGGAACCUACAAAGCCAAGAAGAGAGCAUGAUCUUAAUGUAUGCCAAAUUCUAAUCAAUUUAAGAAUCCAAAUUCAGAAAUGGAACUUGAUAACAGAAAAAAAGAAAUUCAAAAAUAUCACUUGGUAAAGAAAGGGUUGCUUCCAAGCUGAAAACGUUGGGUGCUUUCUUUGAAGUACAACUUCUUUUCCCCAUUAAAAUUAAUGAAAAUUGUGCAAGAGCAAUUCAGCAUCCUUGCACUCAUCCCAGGUUUUUCAGUGGGAAUUGCAUCAGAGCAGUUCCUCUAGUUUGCAUACAUUGAUUUUUUUGCUAAACAACUAGGUGGUCUAUUUAAUACAGUGUACAUGUAAGUAGGAUUACAUAGGCUACAAUCAACAUAUCUAUCUUCUUCAGAUUUUAAGAGCAGAGCAAGACCGUUAGGAAUAUUUAUCUCAUAGCGCUAUACAUUUAUAUUGUUUUUAACUAUUGCGAAGCAUAAGUAGUGUGUUUGGUGAUGGUAACAAUUUUGUUGUAGAAUUUCAACAUUUGUUUUAAGUGAGCCAUUGCACCAUGCAUGUACAUUGUAUUUAUCAAAAGUGGAUGUGAUUUUUUUUAAAAAAAAUGGAACAUGUACACAUUUGUUUAUUAAAUCAAAUUAUUGUAAUGUCAUAAAUGAAGAAAAACCUUCUUGUGAAUUUCCAUGUAGACAUUCCAGAGUAAUAUUGACUUCUUCCUUUGAUACACACACACCUACAUUUUGCCUUUCCUUACAGUUUCUUCAGUUCAAACCUCUAUGGAACUCCUUUUGCUUGGGGCUCUGUGCGGUCAGGAAGCUGUGUGUCAUUUCAGUUCUGGCUAAUCCCUCUUAUGUGCAGUGGGAUGUCAUAUAAAGACGACUCCCCAGGAUGGAGAGAAAGAGCAGCUCUGCUCGCACUGAGCUCCAUGUUGGCCUACUAUGGAUAAAACAUUAUAUUACACUAAUCACAAGGCUAAAUCCAGUAUUAGUUCUGCCUAGAUUGGACCUCUUCAAGGGAUUUAUUUUAGUCACAAUUAAUAUUAAGUUCUCACUGAUUUCAGUGGAUCUGCUGUAGGUUUGACCAGUGUUGGAUUUAGUUUAGGGCUCCUACUGAACAUCUCAUCCUAAUAUCAAGUUCUUUUUAACUCCCCUUCCAAAUAUAUUAUAAAAUGUUAUCCAUGCUACUAUGACUUUACGAGUUUCUCUUCUGGAAAUCCAUGUUGUGGGGUUUGGUGAGGGAACACAAAAUGGGCACAAAUCAGCUUUGCCCUAUGUCACAAGUGGAGAAGUCUCAGCAAGUGACUGCUUUUUCCACAUGCCAGCUGCUAUUCUUCAUUUGUUAGAAGUUGCAUCUUCUGUAUCUAUUAGAAGUGCUGCAAUUGUUCUGAAAUAUCACAAAACUUACAUCACUGCUCAGUUUCUAUUAAUUUCAGUGGGAUUUGUGAGGUGGUGCAACAUGCUUAUUUAUAGUGGAUGAUGUGAAGCAACUAUACUCAGUGACUGGUACCCGUAACUGCCUCUAUUUAUUUAUUUUUCAACAUAUCCUUAAAUGUGUUUUUCUUGAAUUCCAUUACUUAAGGAAACAAAAAACAUAACCAGGGAAAAAACACAACUUCUUGUGCUUCUUCUGUCAAGAAAGUUAUUUUGUGCUUUGAGGGGUCUAAAGAUAUUUAGAAGACUGUACACAAGAUUUAAUCUUCUUUGGCUAUGUUACACAUGGCAGUCUGCACCUAUAAAAAGAGGAAUCAUGCUUUUAAACCAGUAGGAAGGCUAGUAUACACGAAGAAGUUAUUUAAACAGAAGAAUCAAUAUUUAUGUACUAGGAACUGCAACAAACCUCAGCGUCCUGAAUGGGGGCACUGGGAGUGGGAAGAGGGACAUCCUCAUUGAAAUGAAUGGAGGUGGUGUCACCUAGCACUUUGUGGAUUUUUACCUUGGAUUCCCUUAACAUCCACAUAUGCAAAUCUGCACCUGAGUGACUCUCUCAACCCUCACUGCAAAGUUCAUCACAUCUUAGAUCUUUCAGCACUGCAGUAAAAUUUGUAUUGUCAUUCCAGUGUAAGCUUUUAGUGUUUUAUUGAUUUGUUUAGUACUGUAUUUGGAUUUGUCCUUGUAAAUGUAGAGGCGUACGUGGCUUCAUUGGCAGUUUACAAGCAAAAGAUGACAUGAUGAGACACCUGUAUGAAAUCGUUGUCAUGACUAUCGUUGCAGUGUAUGGUAACUGAUUAAAAUGUCUGCCUUGAAAAAAAAUGACUUGACAAUUCCACUUACUGGCUUCUGCAUGUAACCAAAGGGUCGUGUGUAUAGAAUAUCUCUGAAAUAAAUACUUAAUUGGACUGAAGAA